GGCGCCUGAGCCGCCCGCCGGCACGGGGUCAUUGAUCUCGCGAGACGAUGGGUCCUCGAAAAGCACAAACUUCCCCCUUUGCGAGCGCCGAGGUUUUGUUGGCAAAUUCCGCGAGUACGGAAGUGGCUCCGUGGUGCCGCCUCUACCCCUCUACCCGCUCAGAAGUCAACUCCUUUUCUACACGAAAAGCUUAGGCCUCCGACCGCUAUGGAUGGGAAGCGAGGGCGACCAAGCCACGCAUCGCUGGCACUCGCCCAAGCUCACUUCAACAAGGGCGAGUACGCGGAAGCGGAGACGCUCUACUCCGCUUACAUUAGCCAGUGCGCCUGUGCAGCCUCCGUGGGAGCUGCGCCCGGGAGCAAAUGCAGCCCCGAGGACCUGGCUACUGCAUAUAAUAACAGGGGGCAAAUCAAGUACUUCAGGGUUGAUUUUUCCGAAGCCAUGGAUGACUACACAUCUGCCAUCCAAGUCCAGCCCACUUUCGAAGUUCCAUAUUACAACAGAGGGUUGAUAUUGUAUAGGCUGGGAUACUUUGAUGAUGCUUUGGAAGAUUUCAAGAAGGUAUUAGACUUAAAUCCUGGAUUUCAAGAUGCUACUUUGAGCUUAAAACAGACUAUUCUAGACAAAGAAGAAAAACAAAGAAGAAUUAAUGAAAAAAAUUAUUGAAAGGCUUAGCAUAAUUGAAAUAUUAACCCAUGAUCCUUAUAUCUGGUAUCUCAUUGCUUAUAAUGUCAAGUUAGGUGUUGAGCUAUUUUGAUUUGUAUUUAAGAUAGAGAUUCAUGUAUUAACAAACUGGAAGUUAAAUAAUAUAUUUAAAGUAAUUAAUUUCAGAUUGAGUAACUAUGUUGAAUAAGUAUGCUUUUUAUAAAGUGCAAAUAAAUAAGAUCAAUGUAUAGUGUGUUAUUACAGUAAAAUAUUUAAAGAAGUGUGUGGCAUUUUCUUCAGUAAAACUAUAUUUUUUGUUAUUUUUUAUUCCCAACGUCUUAUUUAAAAAAUUUGGCAUCUAUAGAAAAGUUGAGGUACAAUACAAUGAACAUCUAUAAACUCUUCACUUAGAUUCACUAGUUGUUAACAUUGGACCACAUUUGCUUUUUCUCUGUGGUUUAAAUAUAUAACUUUUUGCUGAACCAUUUGAAAAUAAGUUGCAGAUAUUCCAAUACUUUACCCCUAAAUGUUUCAGUCUGCAUCUUUUAAGAAUAGAGAGACAUUCUCCACUGCAGCCACGAUACCAUUAUAGUAGCUCAUAAAAUUAAUAAUUCUAUAAUAUCAUCCAUAUCCAGCCCAUGUUCGAAUUUCCCUAAUUGUUUCCACAAUGUCUCGUGUAGAUUUUUAUUUCUGGACCUGCAGUAAAU